GAGAAUCCCGAGCCCCGCCCCAAGGACGGAUCACGUGACGCGGAAGCGCACCCCCCCCACCCACCGCGCGGUGACGUCGCGUGACGUCUCGGCCCCGUGACCCGCGCCGCCAUCUCUACCCCAGCGAGACGAGACGCGGCCCGGACCCACACAGACUCCGCCAUGACUUCCCGCAAGAAGGUUCUGCUCAAGGUGAUAAUUCUCGGAGACUCUGGGGUGGGGAAGACGUCGCUCAUGAACCAGUACGUGAACAAGAAAUUCAGCAACCAGUACAAAGCGACCAUCGGCGCGGACUUCCUCACCAAGGAAGUGAUGGUGGACGACAGGCUCGUCACCAUGCAGAUCUGGGACACAGCAGGGCAGGAGCGGUUCCAGUCGCUGGGCGUGGCGUUCUACCGCGGCGCCGACUGUUGUGUGCUCGUUUUCGACGUGACGCAGCCCGGCACGUUCAAGACGCUGGACAGCUGGCGCGACGAGUUCCUCAUCCAGGCGUCACCACGUGACCCCGAGAACUUCCCCUUCGUGGUGCUUGGCAACAAGAUCGACAUGGAGAACAGACAGGUCCCGACGAAGCGCGCCCAGACCUGGUGUCAGAACAAGAACGACGUCCCCUACUUUGAGACGAGCGCCAAGGAGGCGAUCAACGUGGAGCAGGCCUUCCAGACCAUCGCUCGCAACGCGCUCAAACAGGAGACGGAGGUGGAGCUGUAUAACGAGUUUCCCGAUCAGAUCAAGUUGACCAACAACGACAAACCAAAAUCCAGCAGCUGCUGCUAGAGCUCACUCAGCGCUCAUGCACGGGUCACUCAGCCCUCAAGCACGAGUCACUCAGCCCUCACGCACGGGUCACUCAGCCCUCACGCACUGCUCACUCAACCCUCUCGCACGGCUCACUCAACCCUCACGCACGGCUCACUCAGCGCUCACACACGGGUCACUCAGCCCUCACGCACGGCUCACUCACCACUCACGCACGGGUCACUCAGCCCUCACGCACGGGUCACUCACAGCUCACGCACGGCUCGCUCAGCGCUCACGCACGGCUCACUCACCGCUCACACACGGCUCACUCAACCCUCACGCACGGCUCGCUCAGCCCUCACACACGGCUCACUCAGCCCUCACGCACGGCUCGCACACCGCUCACGCACGGGUCACUCAGCCCUCGCGCACGGCUCGCACACAUCCACCCAGCCUUCGUCGCACCUCUCACUCACAUCGAGCUCUCACUCAAAGCUCCAUCACCACAGCUCUUAAGAACACCGACUCACACUCAUCUCCACCUCGCACGCACAUAUAGCUCACACACACACGCCGAGCAUCAUGCACACACUGUACACACACUAGUGCACGAAUUUAGUCACCGGUCAAUUCACACACCCUGCUAACACGCACACGCCUGGUAGCAUGCUCUCACACACAUCCAUGUUAACAUUCACACGCGCACACCCUGCGUUGCAGGGUGUAACGCACACGCACUUGGCGCUUGCACAUCUCCCCCCCCACCCCCCACGUGGGGAGAGGUGGGGGGGCAAGGGGAGUUUGAAUAACAUUAUAAAUACAGUACUAACGUCGCCCCUCGCGUAGUCCCCUGUGUCGCCCCGCAUAAUUCCCUGUGUUACCCUUCGCGUCCCCCCCCUGUGUCGCCCCACCAAGAGUCGGUCCCUGUCGUUCCUCGCAUAGCCCCCUGUUGGCACCCCACCAAAUCAUCCCUGUGUUUACCCACCAAGAGGUGGUCCAUGUUGCUUCGCGCAUAGCCCCUUUGUGUCACCCUACCAAAUCGACCCUUGUGUUGCCUCUCGCAUAGUCCCCUGCGUCGCCCACACCCAUCUUAACAAUAUUCACGGAGUUACGGGGGGCAGAAGUUGAAACGGAUAAUUGGAGGACAAGUUUGCUUGUAGAGUUAUAGACAUGCCUUUGCUUUGCUCUCCCCGAACUCUCUCCCACCUUGCCUCUCUUCACCCUCUCUUCCCCCUCGCUCUCAUUUCUCCCUGCCCCCCCCACCCACUCCCGGGGGCUGUGGUGCCUGGAUCACAAGGGGUCUUAAUUUAGGACCCCUGGGCACCCCCUGUAAGAGCCCAAGACCAGGCCAUGCUCGCUGUAUUAUGUCUAUCCCCAGUGCCCCAGAGUGUCUGGAACCCCGAAGUUCACUUGGUAAUGACCACCUCUCAAUGGAACCACAGCCAUUUAUACAACAUUGGUGUAUGGGUCAUGAGCCCUGAAAGAGCAGAGGGGGUAAAGAGGGAACCGGAGGUUGUGGGGGGGGAGUUAGUGGUUAUCCCUGUGAUCCCUUCUCCCACCCCUGUACCCUAUGACGCUGCACUGCCCUGACCCCCCUUGCUGCACCGCCGCCCCCCUCCUAUGCCUGCAUCCCCCGCUACCCCCCCACCCUCUCCUCCGUUACCACCCCCCGGGUCUCGGUCUCUCAACAUCUCUCCUCCUCUCGCUCGGUUUCCCUUCCUGCCCCUCUUCUUCCUCUUCGUCUCUCCUCCGUCACCACCACCGGUGUUUCUCUUUCAAAUGAUGAGUAAAAAUCCAGGGGAGGAAUUUCAAUUGGGGUGGUGGAGGGUGGUGGAGUUGGUGGUGGAGCAGGUUGUGGUAAUUUUUUGUUAUUUUAAAUUUCUUGUUUUCUUUGCAAGCUAUUACCUGUGGCAUGACUAUGAUGACGAUGAUGAUUAUUGUUGUAAAAAAAAACCCCAAUAUAUCCCGUAUAGAGAUGA